CCCGCCUCGGCGGAGCGGUGUGAGGCAGCUGAGCCGCCCAGCUCCGGCCUGCCCGGCCACCGCCGAGCCAGGCCCCGUUGCGAGCACGCCCCCCUCCCCGCCCACCCGCUAGCCGUCGGGCAGCGCCCCUGAUUCGGGCGGUUGCGGCCAAACUCCUUCUGUUUGGAUUCUGAACUAUGACAUCAUGGCAAGAUUUCGCAGAAGAACAUGCAUCAUUUUGUUGCUUUUUAUUUUGUUUAUUUGCUCCAUAAUGAUGGCUUUGAAGACCCUGAGACCUGACAGAGCUGGCUUUGGGGAUCCAUUUGGACUUGGUUUGUUGCCCGAGCUUCAACAACGGACAGUGCACUUAGACAAUAAACAGAAUUCACUAAAUAGGGUUCAAGGAGAUACUGUAACGCAUGUCAAUAAUUUGCAUAGUGUUGCAGUCAAUACUAUGAAAGCAUCUAUGCCUCCUGUAAACAAGCUGGAAGAAGAGCUAUCACCUCCUAAUUAUAACUUUCACAUAUUCUACUAUAGUUGGUUUGGCAAUCCACAGUUUGAUGGUAAAUACAUUCACUGGAACCAUCCAUUGUUGCCACACUGGGAUCCCAAAAUUGCAAACAACUAUCCAAAGGGAAGACAUAGUCCUCCUGAGGACAUUGGGGCCAAUUUUUAUCCUGAACUUGGAUCUUACAGUUCCAAAGACCCUUCUGUCAUAGAAGCCCACAUGAAGCAAAUGCGUGCAGCUUCAACUGGUGUAAUAGUGCUUUCAUGGUACCCACCAGGUAUGGCUGAUGAAAAUGGAGAACCAACUGAUGAUUUGGUGCCUGUUAUUUUGGAUUAUGCACACAAGUAUAAUCUAAAGGUCACUUUUCAUAUUGAACCUUACAAAGACAGAGAUGAUCGCAGUAUGUACCACAAUGUCAAAUACAUCAUUGACAAAUAUGGAGGCCAUCCAGCCUUUUACAGGCAUAAGACCAGCACAGGCAGAUUACUUCCCAUGUUUUACGUUUACGAUUCUUACGUAACAAUUCCUGAAAUAUGGGCAAAUCUGUUAACUGUUUCUGGAUCCCAAACUAUUCGAAAUACACCAUAUGAUGCAUUAUUCAUUGCACUUCUUGUAGAAGAAAGACAUAAGCAUGACAUUCAGAGAAGUGGCUUUGAUGGAAUGUACACGUACUUUGCCACCAAUGGCUUCUCCUAUGGCUCAUCUCAUCAUAAUUGGGCAAGUUUAAAAGCCUUUUGUGAUAGUAACAACUUGAUGUUUAUUCCAAGUGUGGGGCCAGGGUAUAUUGAUACUAGUAUCCGACCGUGGAACAAUCACAAUACACGUAAUCGUGUCAAUGGGAAAUACUAUGAGACUGCUUUCAGUGCAGCCCUUUUGGUGCGACCAGAAAUUAUUUCUAUUACAUCUUUUAAUGAAUGGCAUGAGGGAACUCAGAUUGAAAAAGCCGUCCCCAAACGGACUGGACAAGUGGUUUAUCUUGACUAUAAGCCACAUAAGCCGAAUGUUUACCUAGAGCUUACUCAGAAGUGGUCUGAGAAGUACAGAAAAGAACAAGAACAGUGGCUUAUGUAAGCUGUUGCUGCUGCAGUUGUUUUUGAACACCUUGACUACAUUGGGAAAGAAAUAAAGAUCUGAAAAAUCUGUUACUAAGUAUCCUUAUUAUAGGUGUGGUUGAAUUAUAUCUCUUGAAUGUGUUACUACUUGAAUACGCACUACUACUGAAUUUGAAUUUUGAUGAGUAAAAGUAUGAUAAGAAUAUUGUCAUAUCUGUCUUACUGAGUAUUGCAGUUUAGGAUUCUUCAGGGAAAAUGAUGGGACUUUUUUGUUGUUUUUUAGAUGUCAUAACUUGCAUGCUGAGCUUCCAGUACAUGUAUGGCAUAAUUUUACAUGACCAAAGUAGAACAAAAAUUUGGCUUAGUUAACCUUACUUUCUUUAUUCUUGUAGUUGUCUUUCUAAUCAAAGUGAUGCUGUAAUCUGAAUUUUUAUACUGGUAGCUUCUCACAGGAUGCAUGUCUGUGGUGUGUAGAAUAAUAUGCAUCUGCUGGUUUUAAUGCUUUGCACACAGGGCAUUCUUGACAUGUGACUAGCUUGUGGUAAAAACACUGAAGAGGUGUGUGUGAUGCAACACUAGUGGAUUUUGGUGUU